CUGUAUGAUUAAUUCAGAAAUUUUACAAGAGUGACCAAGGCUGACUUUCAAUACCUGCUUACGUUGGUAACACCAACGGUAAUGAAAAAUGGUACACAGUUUCGAAAAUCUAUAUCACCAAGAGAACGUUUAGCCAUAGCCUUGCGUUUUUUUUUGGCAACUGGAAACUCCUACAGCAGCUUGCAGUAUCUUUUCAGAGAGUCAACAUUUAUUUUGCUUUUUUCGCGACGAAAUGAUCCCAUCAGAUUUUUAAUUUUUUUUUUAGAUUUUGAAUAAUCGGUAAAUGUUUCAAAACUUUAGUAUUAUUACAUUCCAUAAUUUACUGGAAUAAAUGCAAUCAACUCUUC